CUAUGCUUCAAGGAAGACCAGGUAAACAAGAAGGCACUGUCUCUAAACCAGAAAGAGAAGCCGAGUUUUCUGGAACUUUAGUCAUGGACCUCUGCACUCCGGAAUUCUGGGCAGUAACUCCCGCGCCAGGUAGCAUCCUGAACCAACUUUGAGUAUCAACAGGAAGUUACUGGGUAUCAAACAUUCAAGAUCAUAACUUACUGCUUCAGUAACUUGGAAAGAGAAGAAAAUCAGAAUUGAAACCAUGACGAAGAUAACUAGAGCCAGCUCUGCAUCCCCUCCAGAUGGAGGCUGGGGCUGGAUGAUUGUGGCCGGCUGCUUUCUUGUCACCAUCUGCACCCGGGCAGUCACCAGAUGUAUCUCCAUAUUUUUUGUGGAGUUUCAGACAUACUUUGCUCAGGAUUACUCCCAAACAGCAUGGAUCCAUUCCAUUGUAGACUGUAUGACAAUGCUCUGUGCUCCGCUUGGGAGUGUUGUCAGUAACCAGUUAUCCUGUCAAGCGGGGAUUAUGCUGGGUGGCUUGCUGGCAUCUACUGGCUUCAUCCUGGGUUCAUUUGCCACCAGCUUGAAGCACCUCUACCUCAGUCUGGGAGUUCUUACAGGCCUUUAUUAUGAGUAUUAUUAUCCAAUAAAUGGGAAUUUCGAUUUAGAAAAGAUAGCACCUUGCCUCGGGUGUCUGAAGAAUUACCGAUAUGUUUGCUACCUCUUUGCUGUGGCACUAGAUGGGCUGUGCUAUCUGUGUCUCCCAAUGCUUCAAAGCUUCCCUCUUCUCGUGCCUUUCUCUUGUACCUUUGGCUACUUUGAUGGAGCCUACGUUACCUUGAUCCCAGUAGUGACUGCGGAGAUAGUAGGGACCACCUCUUUGUCAUCAGCCCUUGGUGUGGUCUACUUCCUUCAUGCAGUGCCAUACUUGGUGAGCCCACCUAUUGCAGGAUGGCUGGUGGACACGACAGGCAGCUACACUGCUGCCUUCCUUCUCUGUGGAUUUGCCAUGAUAUUUAGUUCCAUCCUGCUUGGCUUCGCUAGAAUUGUAAAGAGAAUGAAGAGAACACAGGUGCCUUUCCUGGCCAAAGACUCAGAUCCCAAGCUGCAUCUGUGGACCAAUGGAUCAGUGGCCUACUCUGUAGCAAGGGAGUUAGAUCAGAAAGAUGAGGAAUCCCUGGCUAAAGCCAGGUCUGGUUGCAACCUCACAUGACCUGUGUGGCCUCCUCCCUGGGAAUCUUCAAGGCUGAUGGACCCCAGGCCACCAGGUUGUUCAUGGUCUGGAAAUAUUUUAUUUUGACAGAGUAUCACCUCUUAAGUAAAUUAUUAAUACUGUUUUGCUAAUAUAUUUAUAUGGGGAAAACAACGAGCAACAAAGAAAUCUGCAGUAGCCUGGAGUUUUCUCAUUUGGGAUUUGUACUCACUACAAACAUAGCUUCAGGGGGGUAUUUCAGGGCAAUUCCAAGGCAGAGGCCAUUGAGAACAGUUUUGUCAUCACAAAAUCGGCCCCACCCCCUCAUUCUGAACAGAAGAAGAUUCAGAUGUGGCUUAAGGGCAGAGUGCUUCAAUGUUUAGAGUGGCAAAGAAGUUCUUGAGAGUCUUUGAAAGGCAAUGAUUAAUGUACAGCAGAUGUUCUCUUAUCAGUUUCCCUUGCCUCUUCCAGUGGGUAGACAUGACUUUGAGAGACCCAACCAUCAUCAGACACCAUGGCUAGAAUGGACUUCAGAGGGUGGCUGGUGGUAAUACUUUAUUUGAAACUGUCUUGUUGAAACAGGAAGCUCUUUUCUUCAAGCUGUGCCCCCAACACGCACUUCUGUCACUACCACAUACUGACUCUAAAUGUGACAUAAAUUGUUCAAUGGUGGAAUAACUGCUCCAUCUUUUCUGAAGUGAGUGUAACACCCCAGGAAUCUGAAGAAAAAAAAAGAUCUAAUUUGAACUUUAUACACAUUCCUUUUAGGAAUAGAAAAAUGUUGACAGUAUUCCAAUUGAGCAGUAGUUGAAUUCUCGAAUCAGCAGGUAUCUGGUGGGAGUCUUCUUUGCAAAGCAGUCUUUAGGUUCAUCAUUAUCCAGAAGAGGGCUUGAGGGUUUUCUUAUCAUACAAGAUGGCCGUUGGAGCUCACCGUGUCCCUUGUUGGAUCAUAGUCAUAAAUCUGACUCACUGGCUUGGAAGUGUCUGUUCCUUCUUGAAAGCCAGACUUUCCUGGGACUUGGAAUCCUUUCUGAAUUUUUAGAUCAGAGAGGACAAGGAUAAAAAAGAAGAAGGGUGGAUCCCCCAUCAUAUCUCCAGCUGUUUUCAAAUCCACACAAUGACAAUUCCUGAAUCCCCAAUCAUGUCCCAUCUGCAAAGAAGGACAAGUUACAUAAUUAAAUGAGUUUUUUUUAAUUGUUCAAGAGUUUAAAUACAAGUCACAAGGAAACAUUUUGAUCUCAAAGGCCAUGUAACCUACUGUCCCCAAGUGGUCUCAGAGUGGCUUUUGCCAGACAUGGUGCUGGGAGAAAUAACAAAGCAUUGAGGAAUGGCUGAGUGGCUGAGUCCUCCCUUGAACUGGGUGUGUUUAUGUUGCUGUAUUGCUUUCAUAAUGAGAUACUGGUUUGAUUUGAUGGAUACUAGUUCAUCGUAGCUUUUUACAGAGAAAUUUGAAUGUUCUGUUUUUACUCAGCCUGGGAUUUUAGUUUUGAAUCCAUUCACUUUGUUAUUUGCAAUUUUAAAAAUACUUCGGGUAUAUCUGUAAAAAUUCAAAGUUAAAAUGAAAUACUUGUUUUGGAAUAGCACUUUACCUUAAAUGUCAUUUUUUAAUCAUAAAUGUUUUUUUAAAAAGUAAGUUCUCUUAUUUGUGAGCUUGUAUUGAUUAUUGUAAAUUUUGUUUAUGUGAUUCUGUAAUAUAAUUUCUCUAUUGUGUUUAUGAAAAAUUAAGAUAGUGAUCAAAGGUUUUAAAAUUUAUAUAACUGGUCUACAGAGUGAGUUCCAGGACAGCCAGGACUACACAGAGAAACCCUGUCUCAAAAAAAAAUUAUAUAAGAAUAUUUUAGAUCUUUUGACUUUAUACCUGCAAUAAAUUUGCAUUAUAACUUUCUUGGGGCAACAUUUUUGAAGAACCAGCAAGAAAAACUGUAGAUCUUAGAGUUUACAGUUUGGGCAUCUGCACAACAUAUUACUAAAACAAUAUCUCUGUGUAUUUAAACAGUUGGUUCCAAAGCUAAGGAAGUCGUGGGAAUGGGGCAUUUUGUGGAAUUGAGAAUAAACCUGUAGAGGAAUGAUUCUAUGCCUUAAAUAUUUGUUCACCCAACUAUAAGUUCUUUGUAACUGACUAAGUAGGAAAAAAGGACAAUAUCUAACAUUUCAAUGUGCCAUUCUUUCUUUUGCUUAAAUUAGAAUUUUAUGAAUGGAUCAGAUGUGUAGGCUAAUGUUUUCCUAGUUCAAAGGCAAAAUAAAACUGAUUUAUAGUCACA